AUGGCCUCGCCGGUUGCAAGCUGGAAAGCAACCGGCUGGAUGCUGGGCUACUAUCUUCUCAGUUUGCUCCUCUACCGCGUGCUCCCGGCCACUGAGGUAUACGGCACCAAGUUGAGAGAGUCGGGUCGACCCCUGAAAUAUCGGUUCAACGAGCCCGUACUGAUUCAAUGGGCCGGGUUAGCAUUCUCGUCUACGGUGGUGCAGCUGGCCGCAUGUGCCGUGGGGACCUACAUUUACGGCGCAGACUUUGCCGUCUGGACUUUUAUCGACAGCAACUACCUGCAGUUGCUGACGGCCAGCCUCGUCCUUGCGUACGCCAUCUCGGCUUUCGUGUACAUCAAGAGCUUUUCCGUCAAGCCUGGCAACAAGGAUCUGCGAGAACUAUCUCGAGGGGGCCACACUGGAAAUGUAAUCUACGACUUCUACAUUGGCCGCGAACUGAAUCCUCGCGUCACCCUCCCAUUCUUUGGCGAGAUUGACUUGAAGGCCUGGCUUGAAAUGCGACCUGGCCUGACGGGAUGGGCUCUUCUCGACCUUGCCUUUGUUGCGAAACAGUACCGCAACUACGGAUUCCUUUCCAACAGCAUUCUAUUCAUCACGGCGGUGCAGAUAUAUUAUGUCCUUGAGGGGCAGUAUGCCGAGACGGCUCUGCUAGGCAUGAUGGACAUAACCACUGAUGGGCUGGGAUUCAUGCUCACCUUUGGAGACAUCGCCUGGGUCCCCUUCUUGUACUCGACGCAAUGCCGGUACCUGUCCAUUCACCCGGUCCAUCUGAGCUCGGCGGGAAUCGCGGCAGUGGGCGUAGCCUUCGCCAUUGGCUUCUUCAUCUUCCGCUCGGCCAACAACCAAAAGGCCCUCUUUCGACAGUCCCCAGACGACCCGAGAGUUGGCCGCAUGUCGUACAUACAAACCAGGCGCGGCACUCGACUUCUCACGUCUGGCUGGUGGGGCAUGGCCCGUCACAUCAACUACUUUGGCGACUGGUUGCAAGCCUCUCCAUUCACCCUACCUACGGGCAUUGCUGGCUACGUCAUGUUGCCCGCUGGAAGUGCCGUGGCCAACGCCAGCGCGGGAGGCUUCGCCAUGGCGGAUGGCCGAGAGGUGAGGCAGGAGGGUGCUCGGGGAUGGGGAAUGGUUUACACGUACUUGUACGCGCUGUACUUUGCCAUGUUGCUUAUCCAUCGUGAGGGCCGGGAUGAUGCGGCGUGCGGCGAGAAGUAUGGCGAGGACUGGGAGAGGUACAAGAAGCAGGUCAAGUGGCGCAUCUUGCCCGGCGUGUACUGA